AUGAAACCGCAGAGAAUCCGAAUGACGCACUCGCUAAUCGUGUCAUAUAAUUUGUACAAAUAUAUGGAAGUAUACAGACCACACAAAAGUGACGUAAACGAAUUGACUCUCUUUCAUGAUUACGAGUAUGUAGAUUUUUUGUCUUCCAUUUCGAUGGAAAAUUAUCGUGAGUUUACAUAUCAGUUGAAGCGAUUUAAUGUUGGAGAAGCAACAGACUGUCCUGUGUUUGAUGGGCUAUUUCAAUUUCAGCAAUCAUGUGCAGGUGCAUCAAUAGAUGGAGCAGCGAAGCUAAAUCAUCACUGUGCUGAUAUAUGUGUAAACUGGUCAGGAGGUUUACAUCAUGCAAAGAUGUCAGAGGCAAGUGGCUUCUGUUACAUUAAUGACAUAGUGCUGGGAAUUCUUGAGUUACUCAAGUACCAUGCACGGGUGAUGUAUAUAGAUAUAGAUGUUCAUCAUGGGGAUGGUGUAGAAGAAGCAUUUUACGUUACUCAUCGAGUGAUGACGGUUUCUUUUCAUAAAUUUGGAGAUUACUUCCCCGGAACGGGUGAUAUAACCGAUAUAGGUGUUCAUCAUGGAAAGUAUUACAGUGUUAAUGUACCACUAAACGAUGGAAUAACUGACGAUGCCUUUGUUGAUCUUUUCAAAGUAGUUAUAGAUAAGUGCGUACAGACAUACAAACCAGGAGCUAUCAUAUUACAAUGUGGUGCAGAUAGUCUUACUGGGGAUAGAUUAGGUAGAUUUAAUUUAACCAUUAAGGGACAUGCUAGAUGUGUAGAACAUGUGCGGUCGUAUAAUUUACCUCUUCUCGUUUUAGGUGGAGGAGGGUAUACGAUUAGGAAUGUAUCUCGAUGCUGGGCAUACGAAACGGGAGUCGUACUUAACAAGCAUCAUGAGAUGCCAGAUCAGAUAAGCUUAAAUGAUUACUACGAUUAUUAUGCGCCUGAUUUUCAGCUACAUUUACAACCAUCAAGUAUUCCCAAUUAUAACUCUGCUGAACACUUGAGUCGCAUAAAAAUAAAAAUAGCCGAAAAUUUGAGGAACAUAGAACAUGCGCCGGGGGUUCAGUUUGCUUACGUCCCUCCCGAUUUCUUCGAUUCCGAAAUUGAUGACGAGUGUGACAAGAACCAGUAUGAGUUGAAGGAUGAUAGUGGCGGCGGUCGCGCGGCAGGCACCAGGUCCAAGGAACACUCCACUACGCACCACUUGCGCAGGAAGAAUUACGAGGACGAUUUUUUCGACCUCUCCGACAGGGACCAGAACAUC